UGUAAUGCGAGUUCCUCUCCAAUUUAUAUUGAUUUCCACUCGUUGGGUAUUCUCCAAAAUUUCAAGCCCACGAGUCGGGGAGAGUAUUAAAGUACUGAAAUAAUUAAAUUUAACGUAAACUAUCAACUUAAAUUUUUGGGUUGAUUGGUGAUUUACUCUUCAAGAUUUUGGGUUCAAACCCCUUUGUGAAAAGCUUAACAGUUUAGUCCUUGUGAUCCUGUUAAGCGGACUUUAGGAUGAACAAAACCUACCAUAGAGUAGGACCUUGAUGAUUAAAAGUGUGAGAACUCACAACGAUUAGAGAGGGGAACGAAGCAUUCCUUAUAAGGGUGUGGAAACUUCUCCAUAGAAAACGCAUUUUAAAACCGGGGUGUUACAAAAAGAUAUAGACAUAGAAAAAGUAACUCUUUGAUAUUCUCUAUGGAUUAUAGGCUAGAUACCUAAGUUAGUAACUAGCAUGGUGGAGGAAAGCCUAACACAAAGAGUAUUGAACCUUAAUAAAAGCAUUGAGUGUAGGCUUAAUACUGAACACCGCUUCUCAAUAUGAAAUCAAUGACUUAAAAGAUAGACGCCGAGAGAACAAGACUAAUAUACUGCGUUGCGAAGAGAGAUCGAAUAUGCACUGGAUGCAAAACUCACAACUUAGUUCACACAUAUGAAGGACAUGGCAAAGAAAAUUCUAGAAAGAGUAAUCUGGAGAUUUUAUCCACACACAUAUACAUAGUGCACUAAAUAAAGUUCAUUUUAUGUAAUAAUCAAAUAAUCAAAUAUAAUCCAUUUUGGUAUGAAAGCUGGUUUCUUACCAAAUAUUUAUAAUCAAAUUCUUUAAGGAAUAUUUGUUUAUAGGAAUUGGAGCAUAUAUUAAUUCUAGCAAGUGGGGUGCCUUAGCCACUAUGGGGCCCAAAACCAUUCAUGAGAUCAGUGAUCACUCAGUGACAGAAAGUUAAGUGAAUAAUUGAAAGCACUAUCAAAUUAAACAUUAGUGUCUUAAUCACAUUAUUCUUUUUCCUUAAACAUGUAUGAAUGAAGUGGGUUCACGAUUCUAACCAUGUUUUUAUACCUAAUAGAUUCCAACGAGCUUGAAAGGUUUCAGAAAGAAGAGAUGUGUCAUAUGCUUUAUGCAUUUUACUUCCUAUAAAAGCAGAACAAAUAUGAGACAUUAAAGAAAUUAUAGCAACACACCUGUUCAUCUUGCAGCUUCAGCAUCCUUCAGCAUCAGGAUGAAUCCCCAAGUUAGCCAAUGGUGUGUCUCAGCCAAGCCUUUUUUUGCUGUGGUGUUCUUGCAGUUUGGGCUUGCAGGAAUGGACAUCCUGUCUAAAGCAGCUCUGAACCAAGGAAUGAGCAACUAUGUUCUUGUUGUUUACCGCCAUGCAGUUGCCACAAUUGUUAUAGCUCCUUUUGCAUUGAUUUUUGACAAGAAGGUCAGACCAAAGAUGACAAUUCCAAUCUUCGCCAAGUUAAUGAUCCUCAGCUUGCUAGAGCCUGUGAUUGAUCAGAACUUAUAUUUCUUGGGAAUGAAGUACACAACAGCAACUUUUGCAGCUGCCAUGUGCAAUAUUCUCCCUGCCAUCACCUUUGUAAUGGCUUGGAUCCUCAGGCUAGAGAAGGUUAAAAUCAAAAGCAUCAGAAGCCAAGCUAAAUUGGUGGGAACAAUAGCAACAGUAGGAGGAGCCAUGAUAAUGACACUGAUAAAAGGCCCAAUUCUGGAGCUAUUCUGGGUGAAACAGAGAGCAGAUCAUGCACAACAAAGGAGCGAUAUCAGCCUUCAACACACAAUCAAAGGUUCAAUUAUGAUCACAAUUGGGUGUUUCAGCUGGGCCUGCUUCAUGAUUCUUCAGGCAAUCACUUUGAAAGCUUACCCAGCUGAGCUUUCUCUCACGGCUUGGAUCUGCCUGCUGGGCACAGCGGAGGGCACUGUGUUGGCUUUGGUGAUGGAAAGAGGAAACGCCGCCGUUUGGUCCAUUGGUUGGGGAACCCAAUUGCUCGCUGCCGUUUAUAGUGGGAUAUUUUGUUCAGGACUUGCUUAUUACAUUCAAGGAUUAGUGAUGAAAGACAAAGGUCCUGUGUUUGUCACUGCCUUUAGCCCAUUGAGUAUGGUCAUCGUCGCUAUCAUGAGCUCCUUCAUUUUGGGCGAACGUCUUUACUUUGGCAGGAUUGUUGGAGCUGGGGUGAUAAUUGUGGGACUGUACCUUGUUGUUUGGGGGAAAAAUAAAGAUGGGAAUUCCUCAAAUGAAGACUUGAAAUUGCCCAUCAAACAAACAACAGAAAUGGAAGAAAGUUCAUCAUCAGUUCAAGAACUUAAUUCUGUUGAUUCAAACAAUGAGCAAAAAUCAUGAAAUUGGAACCCAAAACCUUAUGAAUCAUCUUUGAUUUCCUGAAUUUUUCUGAAUAAUUUUCGGAAAAUUAGGGUUUUUUAUUAGGGUUCUUCGGGUCGGGUGUAAUGUUAUGGAAAGAUAACGAUGAAUGUAAAACAAACUUUGGUAUUUAAUA